AUGCUUUCUUCAAACAAAGGACUCUACCGCGCCAAGGGGCAGGGGAUUUAUGCCCCGUCGUCAACAUCCUCAAAGAAUCUUCACAGCCGGGUAGCUGCGUCCCCAGACAAAGAGAACCUCCCCCCAGAAGAUGAAAGCUCCUGCACAGAGGACCCAGCAACGACGACGAAGGGGCUGCCGAUGAGAUGCAUAAAGAUGGGUUGUUCUCACAGCUACUGCGACUGCGACUGCGACUGCGACUGCACUUACGACUACGACUACGAUUACGGCUACUGCUACCCCUCGGAUUCCUGGGGAGACAGUCUAUCGACGCAGGUGUUGUUGACAUCUUUACCAUCACGAACAACAACAAUACCUUCGGAUGGGAUCUGGUGGUGGAACGACACUGACAACGAGAUGAGGGCAAGUACGAUGAGGGGCUCGAAUGGGCUGACGACGAGGGCUAGGCUCUAUAAUCGCCAACAACCGCCGCAGCAGGAACAGCAGCAGGAGCAGGGCCAGACUUUCACUCCCACCUCCCAGGGCUUAGUAGUGAGAAGGCCGCUGAACAUGGGAGCUGAAGAACGAAGGAAAGCGCGACCAGGAAGCCUCCUCGCCCGACCUCCUGCCUCUCCUUCUACUUCCUCCUCUACUCUGCUGCGCAAAUCCUUCCCUUCAGCCGCCACCAAUACUCGUAGUCGACUAUUCGAAGGGACGAUAUCCUCGCGGUCCAAGAUGGUCGGCGCACCACCAGCAACAACGGCUGCGACGAGGGCCACAGCAGCGCAAGAACCCCGAAGAGCGUCGGGCAUCAAUCCCACCCCGCCGAGAAGAGUGCGAUGGACGAGCAAGUUUGAGAAUCUGCGCGCUCAGGGUAACAGAGAGCAAUUGCAGCCGCAGCCGCAGCUGCAGCAGACGAGGACGAAGAGAGAAUCGACGGGGCUGCGUGCAGCACCUGCGCCUGCUCCUGCUCCUGCACCCGCGGCAGGUUCGAGGAGGGAGUCUUUCAGAAGGAAUUCGCAACUCGCUCCUCCUCCUCCUGCUGCUGCUCCACGGCCGCCAUCAUCCUCAAUCGGACCGAAAAAGGAGCCGCCUCUACGAAGGAAUUCGCAACUGGGUCCUCCCGUUGUUGCUCUUGCACAGCUCUCAUCAUCUGUGAUAGGACCGAAGAGAGAGUCUAUACGAAGGAAUUCACAACUGGCUCCUCCUCCUGCUCCUUCACAGCUACCAUCAUCAUCACCCCUGAGGUUACGAGGCACACAGACCCAAAAGGAAGAUAGUAGUGGUAGUGGUAGUGGCAACAGACCUGGUUCCGUUAGGGCUGGGCUUCCUGCUCCCAGAACAGCACGACCACCAGCAAGACCACCACUAGCAAACGCAACAACAGCCCACCGCAAACCCACCGUGACCGUAACCCAGCACCCCCAACAACCACUCCGAAGAAUCACCCUCCACCGCGCCCAAGGAGAACCGAAAAAGCAGCUACUCACCCAUAUCCGUGCUCCCCCAGCCGCCACCACCACCACCACCACAACCCCGCGCCGCAGCUUCACCCACACGCGCAUCGCCUCCCUCCCCUCGAUCGUCAAAUCCCUCAACCAACCUAAACUCAUCGCGGACCCGAAGUCCUUCGCCCAGGUCUGGGAAGCCCGACCACCGGCCUACUGGCUGGGCCGGUUCGUGACCCUGACCAAUGCGUUCCACUACGAGGAUUCGUUCCGGCAGCCUGACGCAACCACCGGGUCUCCGGGGAUGCUCUCGAGCUACCCCCAGCGGCCGCUGACGGGGGCGGAUGCUGCUGCUGCUGCUGCUGCGGUGGACGCACAUGCGAACGCGGACGCGGACGCGGACGACGGGGAUCUGCCGAAUUCCCGCGUCAAGCGGGCGUUCAUGCUGCUUGAGAAUGUCUGUGUGACGGACGAGGCGAGUGGGAGUUUGCGAAGGUUCCGGGAUGCGUAUGUGGUGAGGUUUGGGGAUCGGUGGAUGGAUUGA